UGUGAGGAAGGGCCUAGGCCGGGCGUGCUGUGGUGGGCUCGCGUCCCGCCGUCCUCUCCGCGCCGGCUUCGCCCACUCCCCGUCCGGAACGGGCUGGGUGCGGGGACCGCCUGCCGCAGCCAUGGAGGACGAGGUGGUCCGCAUUGCCAAGAAGAUGGACAAGAUGGUGCAGAAGAAGAACGCGGCUGGAGCACUGGAUUUGCUGAAGGAGCUUAAGAAUAUCCCCAUGACCCUGGAAUUAUUACAGUCCACAAGAAUUGGAAUGUCAGUAAAUGCUAUUCGCAAGCAGAGUACAGAUGAAGAAGUUACAUCUUUAGCAAAGUCUCUCAUCAAAUCCUGGAAAAAGUUAUUAGAUGGACCAUCGACUGAUAAAGAGCCUGAAGAAAAGAAAAAAGAUACUACAAUCACAUCACAGAAUAGCCCUGAAGCAAGAGAAGAGAGUAGCUCCAGUGGCAACGUAAGCAGCAGAAAGGAUGAGACAAAUGCUCGAGAUACUUACGUUUCAUCUUUUCCUCGGGCACCAAGCACUUCCGAUUCUGUACGGUUAAAGUGUAGGGAGAUGCUUGCUGCAGCUCUCCGAACAGGAGAUGACUACAUCGCUAUUGGAGCUGAUGAAGAAGAAUUAGGAUCUCAAAUUGAGGAAGCUAUAUAUCAAGAAAUAAGGAAUACAGACAUGAAAUACAAAAAUAGAGUACGAAGUAGGAUAUCAAAUCUUAAGGAUGCAAAGAAUCCAAAUUUAAGGAAAAAUGUACUCUGUGGGAAUAUUCCUCCUGACUUAUUUGCUAGAAUGACGGCAGAGGAAAUGGCUAGCGAUGAGCUCAAAGAGAUGCGGAAAAACUUGACCAAAGAAGCCAUCAGAGAGCAUCAGAUGGCCAAGACAGGUGGAACCCAGACUGACUUAUUUACAUGCGGCAAAUGUAAAAAGAAGAAUUGUACUUACACACAGGUACAAACUCGUAGUGCUGAUGAACCUAUGACGACGUUUGUUGUCUGCAAUGAAUGUGGAAAUCGAUGGAAGUUCUGUUGAGUUGGAAGAAUUGGCAAAAUGUCUGGACCAUUAAGAAAAUGGAUUUUGUAAUUAGCUUUAAAACUAGGCCAAGCAAAUAGUUUUCCUGCAAAUCAGAUUUUUAAAGUAACAUACAUCCCUUGGGUUAGUCUUUGUUUUUGACAUAGCAUCCCUUCCUUAGAUGCCUUCUGUAGUUUCAGAUCAGUAGGGAGACCACAUCAUAAUUGUAAGGUAUCGGUUUCAAAACAUUUUAUUUUAAUUUUUAUAAGUAAGUUGAUAUUAAACUUUUAUCAAUUAAACUUUUGGCAAUUUACUUUUACCAUUUUUUUCUUCUUAAAGGAAAAUGUACCUUAAUUUUUUUUACAGUGUGAAACAUACACAGUAGAAAUGUUAUUCUUUUUAGUUAAUAUAUAAUUGGAAAUUACAUUUUUUUCCCAUAUUGGCAUGUACCUACAAAUAUUAAAGGAGGAGAAGAGGUAAUAUAAGUGUAUCAGAUGUGGUGUGUAUUCAACUAAUUUUUGACCAGCUUAUCUAAAUUGUACAUAAUAUUUGAGCUAGCAUAUGAAAUUGAUUUUAACUAUUAUGUUCACAAGUCUGGGAUAAUUAGAUAUUAUUUGCAUUUGUAACUAACCACAAUCAUCAUUUCUUGUAAUUUCUUGUACAUGUUUAUUACUUGUUCUUAAUAGAUUUUACUUUUGGCAACAUGACUUGACUUUGCUGAAAUCAGUUUGGUUUUGUUGGUUAUUUACCUGUCUGACUUUGUAGUAUAUUUUAGUUUUGCAGAACACUGUUGUAGUUCAGUAGGCUUUUCAUAAGUCCCAGCACAGGCAAAGAAUGAAAGCUUCUGACCAUUUUUUCCCCCUCAUAGGAAGACAUACUGGGAAGAAAAUGUUAGUGUUUUAGUACAGCGUAGUUGUUGUAAAUAGUUCAUGGCUUGAUUUUGAUUUGGAAAUCUGUAUGACCAAGGAUUAAGUUUAAGGAUUAUAUAAACCAUUACAGCUGUGGUCUUUCCAUAUGGAGGUUGAUAGAAAAUAUUUUGUCCUGUGUCUAAUUUGCUGACUUUUUUCUGUUACACAAUGAAUGAGGUUGCUGAACAAACUGAAUAUAUGGGCUGUAAUGCAAUUCGUUUUACAGUACAGAUCUUACAGUUAAGCUUUACUUUUUGUUUAAGUGUGUACCAUUUGUUCUGCUAGGAAUAAGAAAAAGUGAUUUUCACAUUGGUUCCUUAGGGUGCACUUGCUCUAGCACAUCUUAAAGGUCACUGUUACAAAGUCCACAUUUUUUCAUGAUAAAUCUAUAUUCUAUCAAACACCUAUAGAAAGACCUCAGUACAUGCUUUGCACUCCCCUUUCCUCCCUUUUUCCCAUUUCUUAUUGCAAAUCAGUUUGAUGUAAUACAGAAAACAGAAUUUAAAGGUCCAUGUUAAGACCCUAUAUGUAAGAAUUGGCCCUCUGGUACCAUCCCAUCUUUACUUUGUCAGUUUACAGAUUAACCUUUUAUCAUUGGAAAAAAAUAAAGUGCAUUUUUGAAAGUGAGUUUAAAAAGAAUAAAAUUAAAUUAGUCCCACUUUUAAAUUAAGUGAUCCAUUUUUAAAUUUGUAAUUCAAUAAAGUUUCUUGUUAUUAAAUGUG